CGGGGAAGCGCGCGCGGCGGCCUGAGGCGCCCGGGGAGAGCUGAGGCGCCGGAGGAGCCCGCUGGGGCCCGGAGGUACCUCGCGCUUAUUGAACACUAAGUAAUGGCUAUGCAGAUGCAACUUGAAGCAAAUGCAGACACUUCGGUGGAAGAAGAGAGCUUUGGUCCACAGCCUGUUUCACGGUUAGAGCAAUGUGGCAUAAAUGCCAAUGAUGUGAAGAAAUUGGAAGAAGCUGGAUUUCAUACUGUGGAGGCCGUUGCAUAUGCACCAAAGAAGGAGCUAAUAAAUAUUAAGGGAAUUAGUGAAGCCAAAGCUGAUAAAAUUUUGACUGAAGCAGCUAAAUUAGUUCCAAUGGGUUUCACCACUGCAACUGAAUUCCACCAAAGGAGAUCAGAAAUAAUACAGAUAACUACUGGCUCCAAAGAGCUUGACAAACUACUUCAAGGAGGAAUUGAGACUGGAUCUAUCACUGAAAUGUUUGGAGAAUUCCGAACUGGGAAGACUCAGAUCUGUCAUACAUUGGCUGUAACAUGCCAGCUUCCCAUUGACCGAGGUGGAGGUGAAGGAAAGGCCAUGUACAUUGACACCGAGGGUACCUUUAGGCCAGAACGACUACUAGCAGUGGCUGAGAGAUAUGGCCUCUCUGGCAGUGAUGUCCUGGAUAAUGUAGCCUAUGCGCGAGGGUUCAACACAGAUCACCAGACCCAGCUUCUUUAUCAGGCAUCAGCCAUGAUGGUGGAGUCCAGGUAUGCACUGCUAAUUGUGGACAGUGCCACUGCCCUCUACAGAACAGACUAUUCCGGUCGAGGUGAGCUCUCAGCCAGGCAGAUGCACUUGGCCAGGUUUCUGCGGAUGCUUCUCCGACUUGCUGAUGAGUUUGGUGUUGCAGUGGUCAUCACUAACCAGGUGGUAGCCCAGGUGGAUGGAGCAGCCAUGUUUGCUGCAGAUCCUAAAAAACCUAUUGGAGGAAAUAUCAUUGCACAUGCCUCAACAACAAGACUGUACUUGAGGAAAGGAAGAGGGGAAACCAGAAUCUGCAAAAUCUACGAUUCUCCUUGUCUUCCUGAAGCUGAAGCCAUGUUUGCCAUCAAUGCAGACGGAGUGGGAGAUGCCAAAGACUAAAUCAUUCAUUUUUCCCUGUGAUAAAUCUUCAGUGCUACAGCCUAGUGGAGAGGACCGCUCCCUGAGGUUCUUCACAGGCCUCUUCCUGUUGUGACUGCCAGGAAAAGGCUUCCAGGAAAACAGCUAUUGUAUUGGCUUCUCUGAUGGUGUAAACAGGAGACAGGUCUAGUUAUAAACUGAUCUGAUCUGUUUAUUCCUUCUAGAAUGUAGUAUUCUCUGAUGAUCCCUCGGUGUUCGGAGGGGGUGUUAUGGAGUACUUUUGACAUACUGCCUAGGGAUUGACCCAGGGCUAAUAGCUGUGUCCUAGACAGUCUUAAGUCUCCAAGAGAACUAAAACUAGGGAGACCUUUUCUCAUUGAAGGCUGAAAAAAAUGCCUGAGCUAUGUGGCAAAUGGAAUAGGUCUCCUGCAGCUUUAUUUUCUUUAGAUGCAGUGCAGGACUGCCUGUAGUUACUUGCAGUGAAUAUGCUGUUUAUAGGAGUUAGGUAUAGGCUGACCAUUGCAACAUAAGGCCUCCAUGAUCUUUUUGGUGUUGGGUAGAGUGAUCAUUUUCUCUUGCUUUAACAUUUAAAGGGGCAGCCCUGCGUGAGCUUACUGUCACUUAGCCCGAUAAAUGGCUGUGCCAUGGCUUUCCUGUGACCUUUGUUUUUAUCCUGUAAAUCGUAUGUUAUAGAGUCUGGCACUUGCCCAGUUACUCUAUUUCAAGGGUUUGAGAUACUCCAUUUCUUCCCCUUCAGACUUCUACUCAGAAUGGGUUUUUAACCAGCCCUUAGAAUUUCCAAAGGGCCGCUCAACUAGCAUAAGGAGAGCUAGUGAAAAUUCUCUGCUGUUACUUCUCUUGAUCCUGCUUUAUGUAGGGAGAUAGUCACUUUAAUGCAGCUUUGGUUUUAAAAUUUUAGUUCCCUGACAGAGAAUGGAGCACAUUUCAGGCCUUCUGUUGUCUCUAUACCACAGAGUAAAGAUGGUAUGGUAUAAUAAAGCCACAGAGACAGAUUCUAGAGUGGAAGCUUGGUUCUUACAUAAAGUAUUUCAGUGACUUUUACCUAAAAAUUUUUCUGUGUGUGUAUGUGUGUGUGUGUGCAAUAGCCUCUAUGGUAGGAAACAAUUAUGGAAGUCUUAAGAGCUGAUAAACACAGAAAAGGGAUAUAUAAUCACUUGUAGUCAAAUUUGGUUUAUUUCAAGUUUGUAACAAAAUAUAUAUUCCAGGCAACUCCUCAGAUCAUCAUUUUACAGAGUCUCACAGGCUGUUGCGUCAUGUUAUGCCACCUGCUGUCACCCCCAAAGCUGCCAAAAGCCAAGUGGUCCAGCCCAGGAAACAGUUAGAAUCCACAUGCUAGGUGAGAGAAGGCCGUAUCUGUGACCUGCCCUGGCCCGCCCUUGUACCCUGGUAGGCAGGUGUGAUUUAGGGCUGUAUACUUUGCUGUUAAUAUUAGUGAAAAAUAUUGGCAAGGACGGUUCUGUAUUUUGUCCCUAUAGCGCUUUGAAGUAGCCUUCAGUCCUCUAGUAGUCUUGAUUUUUUAAGCAUUCGCUUGAGGGAGAGAACAAAAACCCAGGCCUCAAGUACAUCC